AUGCUGCGCGACGCUGGGGUGGCAGUGGUUGGAGUUGAUUUCUCUCAGGAGGUGAUCAAUGCCAACAGACUGCGCCAUCCAGACAUCCAGUGGGAAUGCUGGGAUGCACUACAACUUGCCGAUAAAUUCGAUGCUGGCCAUUUUGAUGCAAUCGUUGGCAAGACGCUCAUCGAUUGUUUUCUCACCAGGACCGACGCUGCAGGCUCCAUACGGCGCAUGCUGCAGCAGUGCCACACCGUCCUGAAAGACACUGGCUGCAUGAUGUUGCUGGACAAGGCCAGCUCAGACACCAUCAUCGGGCGAGGUCGAACGCGACAGCUGACGGUCGACAGCCACAAGAUGCUGACCUUCCGCAUUCUCCAUCCACAGCCCCGGCAGACAUACAGCGCAAGCAUGCCAACAGAAGACUCUGCCAGCAACCUGCAGAGGCAAUGGGAGCUGGAAAUCGAGCCCACGCUGCACAAGCACUUUGUGGUGCGACCUGCCGCCGCAGGUUGUGGAUCGCUUGUCGUGUGGUCGACGGAUCACGUGGCCACGGGGGCGGGUAUCGAGACGGGAGACCUGAUCCUAGGCUACCGGCGAAGCGGCUCAAAAAACAUGACCGUAGGCAACGCCACAGAGACGGCAAAAGCGAUUCGCACGUCCCUGAGAAACAUCUUUUUACUCAUGGAACGCCCAGCUUCCGGAGCUGCGCGGCGCAAGACGGCCUCGUUGAAGACGAGGUUGAUGUCGCGCCAAUCCACUUCCCAGUGGCGGCCUAGUGCCGGGAUCGGGACAAGCUUGAGCUUUACAGUCUUGGGCUGUCAGCCGCCAUCUUUUGCCCUUGGCAGCCUUUUUUUCGUCAGUGCCUGUAAGCAAGAACAAGAACAGAACACGCAUCCCAGGAAUGCAUCUUCCGUGAUCCAGUUAUUUGCUAAUAGGGAACCCUCCGCUAUCUCAAGGUCUGUGCAUAUAAGUAGGGUACGGCGUGACGCCCUAUCGCCCUAUCCACACGUAAUUCCAAUGACUCGUCUGCAUGGUUCAGCUUGGGGGCUCUUGCCAUGGCCGUCAUGUCUAUGA